AUGUAUAAAUACUAUAGAUGGCACGUUAAAAAAUUGAUAAGUGAUGCGUACCGGCAAAAUAUAAAUAAUUUGCAAAAAAGUAUUUUUGAUGAACCAGCUAAAUUCUGGAGAUAUGUCAAAGACAAGCGAAAGGAUAGGCGAGGUGUUGAUGUCUUUUCCUAUGACGAAGGUGAAGUGGCUGGGCAGGCUGCUGCCGACGCUUUUGCCCGAUAUUUCGGCUCAGUUUUCCAAUUGAACCAGCCGCACUUGGACCCUGAAGAAGCUGCUCGCGCUGCUCAUUCACAAGUAGGUGCUAGGGUUAUUGCUGUGUUAGAUGUGAGUGAGACUGAUGUUAUAACUGCUGUAAAGCGUCUAAAACCUCAAACUGCGGGGGGUCCGGAUGGAGUGCCAAUGUUUCUAGCAAAAGAUUGUGUGUCAGCUUUUCGGGCUCCACUGAUCUACAUCUAUGGCCUUUGUCUUGACUCUUCGAUGUACCCGCAGUGCUGGAAGCUAUCGUGUGUAACGCCAGUACCGAAAGGAGAUGCAAGGGGUGACGUAACGCAGUACAGACCUAUCGCGGUACUAUCAGUGUUUGCAAAAAUCUUUGAGUCUAUCGUUAAUAGGCACAUUUGUGGGCAAGUGGAUGGUCUGCUGCACAAUAGUCAACAUGGCUUUCGCAGAGCUCGUUCUACUACUACAAAUUUGGUUGCGUUGGUGGACUACGUAUCGGCAGAGAUGGAUGCAGGUCGCCAGGUUGACGCAGCAUACUUCGAUUUUAAAAAGGCAUUCGACCUGGUGGACAAUGACGUGCUGUUGGGGAAAUUGGCGUUAUUGGGCUGUACACCUAAGCUCCUACGGUUUUUUGCCAGCUAUCUCGCGAAUAGACGACAGUUCGUUAAAGUGCAAGGGUUUACGUCUACAGAAUACUACACAAGGUCUGGCGUAAGUCAAGGAAGUACGUUAGGCCCAACUCUAUUUUUAAUAAUGAUUAAUGACUUGCCCGAUACCAUUCGUAAUGCUCGAUGUCUUUUAUUUGCUGAUGAUCUUAAGCUGUUCCUGGGUGUGAGGGAUAGUGUGGAUACAGCAGCCUUGCAAGCGGAUAUUGAUGCGGUGGGUGAAUGGAGUGUAGCUAAUCGUAUGCCCUUUAAUAACUCUAAAUGUAAAGUUAUUACUUACACCCGUAAACGUUACCCAAGUUUGCAAAUUUAUAAAUUAUUUGACGCCUGCAUAGAUAGAUUUUAUGACAUUUGUGACUUAGGAUUAAUAAUAGAUAGUAAAUUAGACUUUCACAAACAUGUGAUAGAAACCUGUAAAAAGGCGAAUAAAACCUUAGGCUUUAUUAUACGGACUUCAUAUGAAUUUAAUGAUGUAGUUGUGGCCAAGGUACUAUAUAAUGCUUACGUACGCAGUACACUUGAAUACGCUGCUAUAAUCUGGGACCCCCACGAGGACAAAUACUCCACCAUGGUUGAACGCGUUCAACGUAAAUUUGCACGGUGGCUCUAUCGACAGCAAUACGGGUAUUACCCAUACCUGUAUCCCUCGCUAUUUGUUACAGGUAUGGUGGAACUUAACUUGCUGUCUAGGAGGCGAAAGAUGCUCCUCCUGGCAUAUUUCAUUUCUGCAUUCCACCAUAAGAUAGAUGAUGAUGUGAUUUGUAGAGUGGAUCUACUGGUGCCCGUGCGUAUGCCUUGGGUGGGGGUUGGGGAGGGGGUGGUGGCCCCGCGCCGCCAACCUCAGCUCUUGCGCAAGCCGGUCACGCGCACACUUUAUGGUGCCAACGCACCUACCGUUCGUGCAAUACUCCUGAUUGGGGACAUACUCGCUCGGUGUAGUCAUGUUGACUUAUUUGCUGAUCGCGUGCAGUAUAUAUGUAGAGAGAUGAGACUGAGUGCCGCACUUUCCGUUAACUUCUUUCGGAAGGAUUAUACUUACAACAAAGAACGUGAUGCAUUUUACAAGGUCAUAGUUUCUGAAGAGGAAAAUUCCUUUGAAACGGCCUUUAUGGCUUGCGAUAACGAUGGGUCUCAAUUAUUUUAUCCAAAGGACAACGACGAAUGGAAAAUAAUAAAUAAUUUAAUAGAAGAUAUGCCUAAUGCGCCUAAUAUCACUGACAUCUUAGUCGGCAUACGAGACGAAGGUGUUAACGGACAACACUUUACCGUUGAUGGUCAUAUCGUGACAUCGAUUGUAAAAGACGCUCUAUCACAUUUGGACUGCGUAGUAAUGGAUCGGAAUACGGGUGUAUUAAAAGCAAGUGUCUGCGAAGUCGAGACUAGUCGCAGAUUUUUCGUCUGUAAGAAAAUUGACGAUUCACCCUGCCCUACUAUCGACAAAGGCUAUAUAUAUAAUGAAGAUACCAAAAAAUGUUACAAAGUCAACACAAGAAGAAAAUCUUGGAAGGAUGCAAUGCAAACGUGUUACAUAGAAGGAGGUCUUCUAGUAGUUGUAGAAAGCGACAAGGAGGCCAAUGCAAUCAUUGGAAUGUUACCUCAUUCCCCAGAAAAUGACCAAAAGUUCCAUUCGGGCUUCCGGAAAAUCUCUGACAAGUAUUACACUUUAAAAGGUAAAAACUUAGAAGACUCUUACAAUAAAAAGCCACCGCCGCCACCACUGUCGCAGACGCCAGAAAAGUCUUACAAUAGAUGGUCACCGACAACAUCGCGGUAUGCAUCGGCAAAACUACCAUCACCACCUUUGAAGUGUGGAGUACUAAGUAAAGAAAGUAGUUCUCAGUAUAACAGUUUAUAUACUCUAUACAUUAGUUGUGGAGAACUUAAUCCUUUCAUUUGUGAAAUGCAAGCUAGAUACUAACCUGUAUUUAUUCUUACACAAACCUGAAUCGCAGUGUAGAAAAAUAAUUAUUUUGCACGUAUUGUAAAUAGUAUAACGAUUACACCUUAGAAUAAUAACGCACAGAAUGAUAGUUUCAUAUCAAACGAACUGUCACAAGUGAGGCAAAAUUCAAAUUCAUGUAGGCUAGUUUUAGUAGUAGGUUAAU